AAGUGGCUUGAAGGGUUUUAGUCUUGGGUUGCUGCACUGUUACUCAUGAAUAUCUCCCGGGCCAUCACCGGAGUGCUAUCUCGCCACUCCCGCAAUUCCACAAAAUGGUUUUUCUCUCUCGGUUCCUCCUUCACAACCCAGCAGCUUGCAUCUCUCUCUUCCUCGACGCUGAAGCGCACUUCCAAUACAAUCACCGAGCCUAAGCCUGAUGCGUCCUCUCCUGGGUUGUCGUCUUCGCCUGCCACCGAAGCGCCUGCUCCCCCCUCCCUGGAAAAUUACAAGAAGUCGUCGGACCUGCCACGCCCGAAGGAGAUGCCCUUUCAACCGCAGAUUCUUAACCAGGUGCACCUCGUCGGUUACGUCGGUGUGCCGGUUCAGCUUCAGAUGUCACACAAUGGAUCCUGUGUCGCCAUCUCGGUUCUUACCUCUAAGAAGAUCGAGGGGCUACUUUCAUUCCGGAUCUCAGUAAUUUUUCACGGUGAUUUGGCACAAAUUGCUGCCUGUCACUUGAAGGAAAAUGAUCUCAUUUAUGUGACCGGUCAAUUAAGUGGAGAUACUCCAUCUGUUGCACAAGAAGUUUCUUGCACUAACAUUCAGGUUAUAGCAGAUAAGUUAAGUUUUGUGCAUGAUGGGAAUUCACAAUCGACUCCCAGUUUUAAAGCCAAUGCAUCGAAGGUGUACUCUCAGAAGUUAUGGGAUGAUCUUGUUCUAAAUCCACUUGACUGGUCUGAUAAUCGAGAAGAUAAGCUGAAUGGACUGAUACACCCAAAUUAUCCAGAUUUUAAAAACCGAAAGACUUAUCAAGUUUUAUGGGUAGACAGGGCACCAAGUUGGGUAUCAGAGAGGCUGGAAGGAUUAGUGUUUGCAAGUAGAGAGAAAGAAAAACUACCCCCUCAGCAAAGUGAAUACCAUGGAGAGGCUGGUAUAUCUAAACAAAAAGAAUACAGUUUUGCAUCAUCUAUCAAAAAUAAUGAAACUUCAUGGAAGAACCUAAUCGAUAAUCCAAAGGACUGGUGGGACAACAGAUCAAUGAAGCUAAAGAAGACAUCUCCUGAUUUUAAGCACAAGGAGACUGGCGAAGCUUUGUGGCUUAGUUCUUUCAACACUCCUGACUGGGUUUUGUCAAAGCUGCCCCCAGGAUUGGCUGCACGAGGAAACUGGCGAAGCUUUGUGGCUUAGUUCUUUCAACACUCCUGACUGGGUUUUGUCAAAGCUGCCCCCAGUGGAGACAACAUCGUAGGCAGAAAUGGUUCUCUUUUAGGCUUUUGCCAAAAUUAUUUUAAGUGUUUUGUCUCUUUAUUUUUUAAAUUAUUAAAAGAGGGUCCCACAUAUAAUUUGUUAUUUCCAAUACUGUGUUCCACUAUUUAAAGUACCUUAAGUUACAUCAUCUUUGGAAGCUACUCAAAGAUGCCAAGUUUGCAAGGUCAGAUGGUUUUUGGAGUUGUAGUCAGUUGUGCCUAUGAACUCAAAUAAAUUAGUUUUCUUUUGACAUAAUAUAUUAAA